AUGGCGAAAGCCCCCGCGGGCGGCGAGGACUCCCAGAGCCCCCCCGCCGAACUCGCCUUCUACCCCAGCUACGGAGCCCCGUACCAGCCCGUGGCCAGUUACCUGGACGUUUCGGUGGUUCAGACCUUAGGAGCCCCGGGGGAAGCCCGGCACGAGACUCUUUUGCCCGUGGACAGUUACCACCAGCCGUGGGCUUUGAGCGGCGGGUGGGAGCAGAUGUGCUGCCCCAAAGAGCAGAGCCAGGCCGGCUACUUCCUGAAAUCCGCCUUUGCAGACGCUGCGGCUCAGCUGCCCCCCGACGGCUGCUCCUUCCGCCGGGGUCGAAAGAAGAGGGUCCCUUACAGCAAGGGGCAGCUGAAGGAGCUGGAGAAGGAGUACGCCAGCAACAAAUUCAUCACCAGGGACAAGAGGAGGAAGAUCUCCGCCGCCACCAACCUCACGGAGAGGCAGAUCACUAUCUGGUUUCAGAACAGGAGGGUGAAGGAGAAAAAAGUCGUCGCCAAAAUCAAAAGCAGCGGCACCCCGUGA